AUGGACGGAGAGGUCGGAAAAAGGUAUCGUGUGCACAUUAAUGAUGAUAAUACUGUUCGGUUCAUUUAUCUUUGUACUGAUAAAUGGCCAGAAUUGUACCCUGAAAAAGUUGAGAGAACAGGCCAUGUUUAUGCAAGUACAUCUGGCCAGGAUAUUGGUGCCAGCACUAGUGGUGGUAGAACAGUUGAAGACAAUGAAGAUGGAGAUGAAGAUGGAGAUGAAGAUAAAGAUGAAGAUAAAGAUGAAGAUGCAGAUGAAGAUGAAGAUGUCGGGGGUGUCGAAAGCAGUGAUGAUGAGUACGUCCCAUCGGAUGAGGACUCAGAUGACGACACUGAUUUUGAGUCAUCUUCUUCAGUCCCAUAUGUUUUCGACGACAUAAGUGGAUGGGACAAGACUUUAGAGGAAGUAGAAAACGAUGGAAUUAAAAUGUGGGAUGGCAAUCCGUUGACGCUAGGCCUUGAUAUACAUUUCGCCAACAAGCCUGAGGCACAAGCGGCAGUGGGAGAAUGGAACUUGGCAAACAUUGAUAUGAUCCAAAAAUGUCAGACUGUUCUACCUCCUACUCCAAUGAAACUGUAUGAAGAGGCCCGGAAGAAAUCGUUGAGGCAAAGGUCAACCGGUUUAGCAAGAGAAACCGAAGUACGAAGUGGUUACAACAAGACUGAUAAUCAACCAUGGAAGGCUGACGAGAAGCAAGUUGUGCUGUAUGCAAAUCGAGAGUGCACUUGCGGAAGGUGGCAGACUUUCAGAUUUCCUUGUUCCCAUGCACUUCGAGUUGCCCGUGAGCUAGGUGACGAUCCCUUUCCACUUUUUGAUCCAUGUUACACUACGCAUCAAUGGUACCAACAGUUUUCUGGAGAAUUCAACCCAAUCAUGGAACCAUGGCCAAAGGCAACGUGGCAGAUCAGGCCAGAUGACACUAAACUUGUCCACCAUGCUGGCCGAGGUCGGAAGCGUGUGAAUCGAAAAAAAGGUGUGAUGGAUUAUACAAGCAAAUCUGGCCAGCGAAGACUCCAAACUUGCAGUUUAUGUAAGCUACAAGGCCAUAAUGCCAGGGCUUGCCCAUAUGCGAGAGUUUGCGCACGAUGUGGAAGUUUAGAUCAUGAUGCUGUCGAAUGCCCUUUUUCUCAUCCACCUGCUGACAGGACCGGUAUUGAUAAACUGUAUGAUCCAUAUGGAAUUCAUGCCUAUUUGGAGAGGAUGUUUGGAUUUAGGUUCCAGACAGAGGAGUCUAGAUUGACGAGUGUUUCCAUCACUGAAAUAAAGACUCACAUAGAGAAUAAUCCUUUGACGGACCUGUCCCCUGACGAUGCACACCUACAGCGAGCCCGUUGUUUUGUUGGAUGGCUCGUUGGCGGAUUACUGUUCUCAAACACUACGAGAAACAGUUUUCCUCUCGAUCUUGUGCAUUUUCUUCAUACUCCCGAGAUUUGCUCGAGUACGAUUGGGGUAGUGCGGCACUAUGUUACUUGUACCGCAAAGCAUGUCCAGUCAUCUCUCGCCGCUCGCCAAGGCUAUUACCGCUCGGGCACGGGAGCGGAUUUUGACGGUUCACCCAAGAUCUUGGGUGGGGAUCUCGAUCUAUCUGAUUGUCCAUUGGGCACGAGGUGGUCCCGCGAGAAAAAAGUUCAAGGUAUCACGCGGUUCAAUUUGGCGCGUCGGGAUCGGCUUGCAGUUCUCGCAGAGUCUGAUUUUGUCUGGAUGCCGUACACGACUCUUUUGGGUCGUAUUGCUGUGGUUUGUCUUGUGGGGACAGGCAUAUGGCGAUCUCGGACAUGGCUCAUCUGCGGUGAUGUCGUUGCGCCACACAACCCCAGUAGGGUAUUUCGCCAAUUUGGUUAUCACCAGCGGAUACCCGGCGACGCAUUACUUCUCACUGCGGCGGAAAUUACUAGCCUGCUCAAGAGGAAGCCGUUUGGAGGAUCCGAUAGGAGAUGGUUACAACAACUAGGGAUAUAUCUCCAGGUUUGGAAUGAUCGCCACGGCCAAGUUGUGGGGACUGAUGAUCUUUAUGUUGGCGAGCCUUCCGCAGAUCCGGAGUAUCUCUUGUGGUACCAUCAGGUUACUGUGAAGUAUGUUACGGAUCCGACGGACUCUGAAAAUGCGAGGGGUUUUCACGGUUCUGCAGAGACCUUGCGCCUCAUGGCCACAUUGAUGGAGGAUGUUCGUAGUCUGAGUAUUAUAGGCCAGCGUACUUUCGACGCGGACUCCUUUGGUUAUGAUCGCUUAGGCGAGAUUGCCCAGGUUGCUGAGCGGGCGUUGUCCGUCAAUGCAACAAAUGUUGUACGGCACGAUCUCGAUAGGCAUGUUGAGAGUUCGCUAGAUGGCCAGUCGAUACAUUACACGAGUAACUUUCUUUCGAGUAUGUUCGAGGUGUUGCGGUCAAGCAUCAGUGAUAACCCAGCUGAGGGUGAGCGUGAGAGUCAGGGUGAGGAUGACGCUGAGGAUGAGGCUGAGGAUGAGGAUGAGGAUGAGGCUGAGGAUGCAGACCAGGAUGAUCAGUUUGAGGGUCAGGGUUAUCAGCGCCAUGAGGAGCAGGGAUCGAGUCGACUCUAG